CGCAAAUACUAUGAGACGGUGACUUAAUAUGACGUCACGCGAGUUCGCCUGCAGUAUUGCUUUCCCAAUCAGGAAGGGGUGUGUGCAGUGGCUUGUCUGUGUCAUCGUCUUUUCUGAUCUGUUAUAUCUAGAAAAGAAAGUGCUCAGAAGUUUUCAGCUUAACUUUCAGAAGGAUGACUCUGCAGUGGACGGCGGUGGCCACCUUCCUCUACGUGGAAAUUGGUGUCCUGCUCAUCCUCUGUCUGCCUUUCAUAUCAGCCAAGAGGUGGCAGUCUGUGUUCAGGUUCCGUGUAUGGAAUGCGUUGGCUUCAUUUUGGAACAAAGCCUUCCUCACCAUGAUAAUAAUCCUAAUUGUCCUGUUCCUUGACGCUGUCCGGGAGGUCAGGAAGUACUCGGGGGAGCAGCUCAACCAGAAUUCCAAGCUGCAACCCAAUAUGUUCGACCACCUGCACAUGAAGCUGUUCCGUUCCCAGAGGAACCUCUACAUCUCUGGCUUUUCUCUCUUUCUGUGGCUUGUCAUGAGGCGUGUCAUAAUGCUGAUAAACCAGUUAGCGUCUGUCACGGAGACUGGAGUGGCCCUGCAGACCCAGGCGGAGAAUGCCAACCAGGUGGCCAAGAAGUACAUGGAGGACUGCGAGGAACUCAAAAAGACGCUGGAUGAAGGGAAGACAGGGAGGAAGAUGGAGGAGGGGAAUGCGGUGCUGAAGAAGGAGGUGGAGAAGCUGACUCAGGAGCUGCGGACCACAGAUGAGGCGCUGAAGAAAUCCCAGGCGGAGGUGAAGGCCGUGCGGAGGCAGGCGGAGGGCCUGACGCAGGAGUACGAGAGGCUGCUGCAGGAGCACCAUGUGCUGCAGAAUCUUCAUCAAGGAGAUGAAGGUGACAAGAAGAGCCAGUAAGUCAAGGAGCUUUGAGGUGGAGCCUUCGGUUCACAUGGUGGCGGUUGCCGGCGGAUGAGGGUGGAUGUCCGUGAGAAGGCCCCUAAAGCAGCGCUCAGGAAACCCCUCAGCAUGUUCUCCACGUUUCAGCCCGAGAUGCCCAGCGUUGGGCUGCUUCGGAACGGCAAGCGUUCUCCACAACUCUUCCAGUGUGGACUUUAAUUAUCCACUGGGGAAAAAAAAAUCAUUCAGCUGGAGAAACGUAAAAAAAGGUUCACUUGCUUUCCACAUGUGUUGCUGAUUGUUCAUUGCCAAAAUGGGUUUCCCUCAAAUGGGGCACUUUUGAAUAAUUUUCACUCUUUUAUAGCUCCGAAAUAAGUGCUGUUUGUUUUGUCUACCUAGUUUCGCUUGAUACUGGUUGAUUUUUUUUUUGUACAUUGAUGUUUGACAAUGGUACACUCAGUAGCUGUUAGCUCUGUCCUGUGCGGUUUGAGGUCAGAUCGGAACAAACCGGAGGAUGCCAUCGUCUCGAUGUCGGGCUUUCACAUGGCUGCUGUUGUGGCUCCACUGAGUAUUCGCCAAUUUUGACACAUUUUUGCUGUCAAAGUUGAUAGCUUAAGGAAUGUUUGAUCUAAAAAGGGAACACGGACUGUCAGUAAUGUGAAACAUCUUGCGGUUUUAAUUGCGUGCUUUGAGAUGGGCGAGGCCUGAUUUUGACGAAAUCCUCCAUCCAUUUGUAUUCCGUCACCAUAUUUUUUGGCUUGUGUUCUUACGCCACUGCACAAUCACCUUAAAUGCAGCGAAAACGUCACAUGAGCAAAGGUUUACUCAAUUUUUAAUGAAGAUACCAACAUUCACACGUGUCAUACAUUAAAAUAUUUACAAAGUCUUUUCACAUGGCUGGUGGAUGAGGAUAUGGGGACAUGGCUGUACAGCUUCUCCUCACAUUUUUGGAGGUAAACAGGCUUGGUUUUGUCUGUUUUCGGUCUGCAUGCAUAUAUGACCUUUUAACCCGGCCAGACAUCACUGGCUGAAGCUGUCUGCUGUGUCCACGUCCGUUAGCCCUGAAGCUUCAAGCUCACGUUGAUAGGGCUAACCAUCCUCACCCCACAUUAGCAGCUGGAUAACGCAGUAGAAUGUUAUAUGUUUAGUACUUUACAGGUAUAACAGGACUACCUCUCCUGGGAUUUGAACAAAGAAGCUUCCGAUUACCGGCACAUCCCCUUCACCUCUGUGCCGCCACCUGCACUAAAUUAGCCCUAAUAAUUCAUUUAGCAGUGUGCCUUACAGCAAUGCCAUAUAUGUUCAUUUUUUUCUUAAAUAUUUGUUUUUGAAUUUAGCUUUUUCUUAAUGUAAAAUAAAGAUAAUUUUAAGGCUUU